CAAGACUUCUUUAUCUACACUUUAUAAUAUACCACAACAUCAAUGUGCUCUCGACAGCGAAAUUCAUAAUAAGUUUCUAAAUAUGUGGAGAAUUAUAUUUCUGUUAGGAUUUCUCUUAAUUAUAAAAUGCGAAAACGUGUAUGAACAAGAUAUUUACUGGCGUGAUUACAAGAAAAUUAUACCAGAGGAUGCGGUUCCAGUUGGAUAUGGUUUAUAUGUUGGUCAACGUCUGGUUAACGGCGUUUUAAUUCCGGGAACACUAAAUCCUAAAGCUGGAAAAUUUACCACUGAGCAUAAUGGAAAGAUGGAAGCAAUCGAUGAUGUAAAAAUAAUGUGCUCGCAAGAACCGUUUAGAUUUCAAUGGGAAUACGUAAACUUUUAUGAGAACGACCUUCCAGAAAAUUUAAUACUUCGAUUAGUUGAGGCCGGUCCUCAAAAUAAUACUACUAACUUACCGUGGUAUAUCGGAAGAGCAUUUCAUCAAAACGAGAUGAGGAUUGGAAAGGUUGAUAUAUUUAAUGUGAAAAGUUUAUUAAUUUGGAACAACGACGGCACGUUUCAUAGAGUUUACAAAUUCGAAAUUUUAACCGAUAUCAAUAAAAUUGUAAAUAAUAAUAUUCAUGCGGACACAUCAUCGGAUAUACAGGUUAUAAAAAAUGAGUUGUCGAAUAAGAAAAAUUCUUUUAUUUUAUCAAUUGCGGCUGAACUUGAUCUUUUAUCGGAAGAGGACAAAGAUUUAGUAAAAACUUCAAUUUGGCGGUUGAUUAAUGAAGUUAAACGUGCAGAACAUCUAAUGAUCAAUAGCAAUCCAAUUUGAAUCGGUAGUCAAAUAAAGCAAAAUUCAGUUUUAUAUUCAAUCUUAUCUGUUAUUCAUUUAUCGUUUCUUAAUUUAUUGCAAUAAAUGUUUUAAGUUUUAUUCA